GGAAAGAUGCAUUCUUCAUGGUACCAGAGCACUAAUUUUUCACGGCUUCCCUCUCCUCCUCUUCUUCUUGAGUUUCGGCCAGCCCUCCCUCCCUCUCCACUGCUGUCUUCUCUUCUCCUCCGGCAACCAUGGCCGACUCUGCAUCCUUCGGCAAGGUCACCUCCAACAACGAAACCUCCUCUCCAAAUAAUUCACCCCACCUAGCCUUCACCACAAUAUCCAACAUCAAACUCCACAUCCAUGUACAACUCAGUCUCUCAGAACCAAAUUACAAAAAGUGGAGUCGAUUUUUUCGCCUCUUGAUCCUCUGCUUCAAUCUCAAGGGUUUCAUCGAUGGCACAACCAUUGCCUCCUCUGCAGACAAUGCUGAAUGGUAUCAAUUUGAUGCCCUAAUCCAGGGUUGGAUUCUGACCACAAUCACGGAUGAGGUCUUCGAUCUUGUGCUUGCCAACAAUCUCUCCGCUCAUGCCCUAUGGAAGGCAAUCUACAAUCUCUUUCACAACAAUAAGCAUGCACGGGCGAUGCAACUAGAACAUCGCUUCCGCACAACCGUGAAAGGUCAUCUCUCCAUCAACGAAUACUGUCGCCUUCUCAAGAACCUCUCCGAAUAUCUUGAUGAUGUGGAUGCACCGGUCACCGAACAUGCACUUGUACUCCAAGACCUUCAAGGCCUCCCCCACGACAUCCGCAGUCAGCCCUCCUUAGCACCGGAGGUGGCGGCGGACAUGGGGGCAGCGCACAUCGGCAGGAUCGGGGCAGCGGCUACGGCGGCAGAUCUGGGAGCAGCGGCAGCUUUGGCGGCGGAUCUGGCGGCGACUAUGGCGGUCGCAGCAGGUCCUCACGCGGCGGCAGUGGCGGUGGCAGCCGCAGUAGGGGCCGCGGUCGAGGUCGUGGCGGUGGCGGAUAUUAGCGGCAACCAUCUGGCAUGAAUCCCUGGAUUUUUCCCUCCCCCUCACCUGGCGUCCUUGGGCCACGGCCCAACCAGCCCAACCCCCUAGCCCAUGCCCACUUCCACAACAACCCAUAUUUACCCAAUCCCUCCUACCC